AUUUUUUUCCUCACAGAUUUUUAUCUAGGUUCAAAUUCAUCCGAAAAGAUAAUCAUGAACAUUCGGAGAGCUAUACCCGCAUCGUGCUAACUCCGUCUCCAUUCAACUCCGUUAUGGUCAGAGAGGUUAUGUGACAUGUGGACCGUCGGCUGACGCUCACGCUAGAGGAAGCAAGAGUUUCAACUUAUUUUUCAAAAUGCUGACUACGAAAACAUUCUUCAGAAAAACUAAGAGGGGCAAUAUUCUCAAGAUUGUUAGAGAGCACUACCUCAGGGAUGAUAUAUGGUGUGGGUCAAAUUUGUGUUCAGUGUGUCAACACAAAAGCAAGGAUUUAGUCCUCGACGAAGAUCCUGAAUCAAGGAGUUCGUUAUACCCUCAGGGACACUACCUUGUUCUGGAUACUAAUGUAGUUCUUGACCAGAUCGAUGUUCUCGAAGAAGAUGCUCUAUGCAACGUCAUAAUUUUGCAGACCGUGCUUGAAGAGGUACGGCACAGAAGUUCCAAUGUGUACAAAAAACUGAGAGAUAUUAUCAGCGAUCCAAAGCGAAAGUUUUACGUCUUCGUUAACGAGCAUCAUAAAGAUACCUAUGUCGAACGAGAACCACGUGAGAAAGUAAAUGACCGUAAUGAUCGAGCUAUCAGAGUUGCGGCAGCUUGGUACCAGAAUCAUGUAAAUGCGAGCAAAGGUGCUCGUAAAGAAAAGAAAAAGGUCGACGUUGUCUUGCUUACAGACGAUGUCGCGAAUCGAGAUAAAGCAAUCAGCGAAGGCAUCAAUGCUACCUCGAUGCAAGAUUAUGUUGCAUCUUUAACUGACGCCGGAUUCCUACAAGACAAGCUGUGUAAGCGGAACUAUGUUCUCGAAGGUGAAAGCAAGACACCUCUGUUUCCACCACACUUGACGCCUGCUCAAAUUCAUGACGGUAUAAAGAGCGGGAAAUUGCUACAAGGGACGUUCCUUGCAUCAAGGGAGAACUUUUUGGAAGGAAGUGUGAAUGUCGAAGGAUAUGAAAAAUUUAUAUUGUUGCAAGGAAAACUCGCACUGAAUAGAGCAGUCGAUGGGGAUAUCGUGGCUAUCGAGCUAUUGCCCGAAGAUGAGUGGAGUGUACCCUCGGAUUUAGUUAUUCAAGACGAAGAAGAAGAUCCCAGUGAUUUGUUGGAAGAUGAAACCGAGUUGAAGGCUAUAAAAGUUCCAAAAAACAUUGAGAGAACUCCUACAGGAGUCGUAGUGGGCAUAAUUAGACGAAAAUGGCGUCAAUACUGCGGUAUUCUGCAGCCCAGUCUUGUAAAAGGGAAUGUGAGGCACAUGUUCGUUCCAGCAGAGCGAAAAAUACCGCGAGUAAGGAUCGAAACUCGUCAAUCUGAGAAUCUGAGCAAGCAGCGGAUCAUAGUCGCGAUAGACUCUUGGCCCCGAAACUCUAGAUACCCUUUGGGGCACUUUGUCAGAGCACUGGGUAACAUUGGCGACAAAGAAACGGAGAACGAAGUUCUCCUACUCGAGCACGACGUUCCCCACAACAGAUUCUCAGACGCGGUUCUCAGUUUUCUUCCAAAAUUACCCUGGCUGAUAACCGAGGCGGAUGUUGCUCAACGCGUCGACCUGCGGCAUAUAGACGUUUGCUCGGUCGACCCACCGGGUUGUACGGACAUCGACGAUGCCCUGCACUGCCGGGAAUUGGAAAAUGGGAAUCUUGAGAUCGGGGUCCACAUCGCGGACGUUUCGCACUUCAUUCGUCCUGGAACCGCGCUGGACAAGGAGGCCGCGUUACGGGGCACCACCGUCUACCUUGUCGACAAGAGGAUCGACAUGGUCCCGGAACUACUGAGCUCGAAUCUCUGCUCUCUUCGCGGUAACGAGGAGAGAUUCGCGUUUUCCUGUGUAUGGGAAAUGGACGAAAACGCUAAUAUAAUAGACACGAAAUUUCACAAGAGUAUCAUCCGAUCUCGGCAAGCCAUGACUUACGAGGAAGCUCAGCUCAAGAUCGACGACGAAACGCAGCAAGAUGCCAUUGCCAAGUCGCUGAGGGGCCUGAAUAGUCUGGCUAAAAAAUUGAAGGCCAAACGUUUUGAGAACGGAGCGUUGGUUUUGGCUUCGCCGGAAAUCCGGUUCGAAGUAGACAGCGAAACCCACGACCCCAUAGACGUCCAGGCGAAGAAACUAAGGGAGACUAACUCGAUGGUCGAAGAAUUUAUGUUGCUUGCCAACACUUCGGUGGCAAAAAAAAUUGUCCAAGAUUUUCCGGAGUGCUCAAUGCUCAGACGACAUCCGGAACCGCCUCAGGCAAACUUUGAUCCACUUGUGAAGGCUGGAAGGAACCGGGGCUUCGUCAUAAAUACUGCCUCCGGCAAGGAGCUCGCAGCUUCUUUAAACGAGGCUCACACCGAGGAUAAUCCGUAUUUCAAUACGAUGCUCAGGAUACUGGCGACUCGGUGCAUGAUGCAGGCUGUUUAUUUCACCAGCGGAAUGUUGCAGCCUGAAGAAUACUUUCAUUACGGUCUGGCGUGUCCGAUUUACACGCAUUUCACAUCGCCGAUCAGAAGGUACGCGGAUAUCAUGGUUCACCGUCUCCUCGCCGUGUGCAUAGGUGCAGAUGCAACCUAUCCCACCUUACUUGACAAGAAGAAGAACCACGAGUUGUGUUACAACUUGAACUACAGAAACAGGAUGGCCCAGUACGCCGGCAGAGCCUCAGUCGCUCUGAAUACGCACUUGUUUUUCAGAGAGAAAGUACAGAACGAGGAGGGUUACGUUUUAUUUGUAAGAAAAAACGCCCUUCAGAUUCUCAUACCGAAAUACGGACUGGAGGGAACUUUAUAUCUUAGUAAGAAAGGCGAAGUUUCACCUGUAAAUUUCAUUUACGACGAGGAAGACCAGAGCCAGAAAUUCGGAAACAUUGUUUUCCAUUCCUUCGAUCCAGUCGUGGUCCAGCUGAGUCUUGACCGGUCUAACGUUCAGCACGAGAAGCUUGUAUUCAAGCUUGUGAAGCCAGUUAUCCCCGGAUUCAGUAUACCGGUGGAGUCUGAUCCGGAAAUGGUUCCGGAAUCGAAAUCGAAUACCGUGCCCAAACGUAAGACGGAAGAAACACCGACGAGGUCGGAAAAUUUGGGCGGAAAAAAGGGUAGGAGAAAGAAGCAGAAAAAGUGAGAUGAGAGAAUCAUCGAUUCUUGCAUGAUGAACGAUAUUGAAGACUGUGUAAAAGCGAAUGAAAAUAUAUGGAAAGAAAAAUGUUUCAAUACAAA